GUGAGACAGAGCAUCUUCAGAUAACCAUACUCACCUUAUUCAGUUCUCAGGAGUGUCCGUUUGCAUUAAAAAACUUAGCAAAGAUUGUCAACUUUUAUCAUUGGAAAGAAAGUGCUCAAGAGUUUAAUCAGAAAAGUAUGGCAUUGAGUGAUUUGAUGUUCCGUGAUAAUGAAAAAAAUAGGGACCUUGCUAUUCGUUUACAUCAAGAAAUAGUUUUAUGUAUAGAAAGAAAUUUUAAUACUACCAAUAAAGUGAGUGACAUCUGUAAUAAGUACCUCAAUACCAGUUUUGAACACAUUAAGAUGAACACCUCUGACAAGAUUGAAGAGAACUGUAAUAUUCUGAAUACACAAAUAAGUUCUAUCCAGAAAUGUCUUAUCAAGAUGGACCAGGAAUUAAAGGAUGCCUUGGAACCAGAAGUUUAUAGACUGCUUUGUGAUGUUUCUGUUUCUGUUUCUGAGAAACAACUAGCAUUAAGCAAACAUAUGAAAAAAAUUGAACGGAUUGGCCACAUUUCAUCUGUUAUUGCUGUUACUGUUAUAUGGCCAGUAUUGAGUGUUAUACUAUGUAAAACUGUAGAGAACAUAAAUAAAGUUGCUGCAUGUUGUUUUGGGGCUCUCCCAGUGACUCUUUUCUUUGGAGCAAUUGCCAUUUUAAUAAGCUAUUUUGCUGGCAAAAAAGAGAGAGAAGUACUUGAUAAGGCUAUAAAAGAAUAUAAAGAAGUACUGUCUCAUCUUAAUCCAAAUACUGAACGCUAUCAAUUUGCAGUAAUGAAAGCAUGCAUAAAACUGGAUAUCCCAUGGGAAAAGUAAAAUCAGUGUAAUGUAUUUUUAUUUAUUAUUUCUUUUUCAAAUGCAAGCUUUACUUACAUGUAAUAUAGAGUUUUAAUUAGUGCUUUAGUAUUGACUGCUCAAAUAUGCCUUCAGCUGACAGUAACAAAAUCACUAUUUACGAAUCUUAUUAAUAAAUGGAAAUUUCAAGAUAAGAUGAUAGUUAUCUGAAUCUAAGCCAACCUUUUAAGGGUAAGGCUAACUAAAGGCUCAUUAAAGUAGGUUUGGAACACCACAUACCUACGUGAGGUUCUAAUAAUCUGAUAUAUCACUGGUCCAAAUGCCUCCAGGACUAAUUGUGCAAACCUAGAUAGACAAGGAUCCAGAGAUCAUGUGUUAAGAUGUACACCAGAGAUAAGAUUACAGGUCAUCAAUGUCAGGAAUGGCAAGAUCUUCCCAGAUUAAACUAAAGAAUACUCACAGUGACCAUCUGCAAAACAAAAAUGCUUGGAGUUAUUAAAGUUUUAACAUAGGCAAUUUGGGCAGAAAAGUGGUGGGUAGACAAGUCACAUUCUUCGGAUGUGAGAGUGAGAGAGAAAAAAUGCUGGAUAUUGAGAUGUUGUAGGUUGGAAAAGCAGUCAACCACUAAAAAUAAAGCUGUGGGAUGGUUAGAAGCUUCAGCAAUCUGUCUGGAAAGAUAUGCUGACUUAAUAUGGCAAAUCUCAGAAUGAUGUAAUGAAAAAUUAGUUUUUCUUCCAGGGUACCAGUCUGCCUCUAUCUUUAUUCUAAUCUAUGACCAAUCCACCUCAGGGACCAGCCUUUUAGUUAUAAACUAGAGACAUUAUCUUGUUUCUUUCCAUCACCUAUUGCAUACAUUGGUCCAUAAAAAUAACUCAAAGGUUAGAGGUCAUGCAUGAAAUGAGUUCUUGUCUUAUCUGAAUUUCCCUGAUUAAAAUUUAAUUUAACAUUUAAUAAAUCAGAUUUCUUUUACUGGUGAAUAACAGUUGCAUAUAUAUAAUAUGGAUGUCUUUGACUUAAGCACAUUUCUAACUGCAGCAGUAGAAACAUCAUUGUACAGUAUCUGGAAUAAAAAAAAAUCAUUACUGAAUUUGUCUUAGUAUAUCAGUGAAAGCUGUGCAAUCCAGUAGGAACCCUUCUGAAGUUAAGGCCAUUGUCCAUGGCCUGUGGAUGAUUAAAUUUGAAGUUGAUUGCAAAUUAGGAGCAGUCAUAGAAUUUCCCAAUCACACAAAUGUUCUCCAGGAAGGGAUGACACAUACAAAUAAAUUGUGACAUAGCUGUGGACUACAACUAAAUUCCAAUAAAUGCAUUAUAGUAUCCUUCAGGGAAUCAUCCACUCCUAGCAACUAUCAUAUUGACAACACACCCCUUAGAUUUAACCCAGUAGUCAGGGAAUUAUGGACACACAUGAACAAUAA